AUGGCCGCCGCGCUGCGCGCGCUCCUCCGCCCCGCCGCCGCCGCCGCCGCCGCCGCCGCGCGCCGCCGCGCGCUCCUCCCGCCGCCGCCCCGCCCCCUCCUCGGGGCGCGGGCCUGCAGCGCCGGGGCCCCGUUCCAGUACCUGGUGGUGCAGAAGACGGGGGAGCGGCAGAGCGUGGGCCUGAUCCAGCUGAACCGGCCGCAGGCGCUCAACGCCCUCUGCGAGGGGCUGAUGGAGGAGCUGCGGCGGGCGCUGGACGCCCUGGAAAGCGACCCGCAGGUGGGGGCCAUCGUCAUCACCGGCAGCCAAAAAGCUUUCGCAGCUGGCGCCGACAUCAAGGAGAUGCAGAAUAAAACCUUCCAGGAGUGCUACGGCGGCGGCUUCCUCGCCGGUUGGGACAAGGUCUCCACCGUCCGCAAACCUAUCAUCGCCGCCGUCAACGGCUACGCCCUGGGCGGCGGGUGCGAGCUGGCCAUGAUGUGUGACAUCAUCUACGCCGGGGAGAAGGCGCAGUUCGGGCAACCCGAAAUCCUGCUGGGGACCAUCCCAGGCGCCGGAGGGACGCAGAGGUUGACCAGGGCGGUGGGGAAAUCGCUGGCGAUGGAGAUGGUCCUCACUGGGGACCGGAUUUCGGCGGCGGAGGCGAAGGAGGCAGGUCUGGUCAGCAAGGUUUUCCCCGUGGAGAAGCUGCUGGACGCGGCCAUCGCCUGCGCUGAGAAGAUCGCCAGCAACUCCAAGCUGGUGGCCGCCAUGGCGAAGGAGUCGGUCAACGCCGCCUUCGAGACGACGCUGGCGGAGGGAACCAGGACGGAGAAGCGGCUUUUUUACGCCACCUUUGCCACCGGCGACCGCAAGGAGGGGAUGACGGCAUUCGUGGAGAAGCGCAAGGCGAACUUCACCGACAGCUGAGCCCGGCGGGGGCGCAAGUCCCCGCAGCCGCCCUGCUGCCCGUCAGCCCCCUGCGUCACCCCGCGGAGGGGUCUGGGACCCGGCGGCGAGCCGAUACUCGCCUGGGGCGAGACAACCGGCAGCGGGGACCACCUUUGCCAUCGCUAUUAAAAGGUUUUCCUGGC